AUGGCCAUGACAUUUCGGCCCGCAACCCCAUCCCAGGCUGUCGGCCACGCUACGGCUGUUGCACAUCGCGGGCCAUUGAACGGAGGGCUUUACACCAACAGACUCAAGAAGGAGCGUGACCACAUCAACAACACCAACAGUGGUGCACCCGGCCCUGUUCCUGCGGCACAACCUACACGGGUAGGAGUGCAUGACCAGCGGAAUGACACGUACCGGCCAAGAGGAGCAGCGUACCGCGGGCAUGGCGCAGGGGCUGCCGAGGGCUUCCAAGCUCGUGGUGUGAAUCGGGAAAGGAACGUCCCGCAGAUGACACUCAUCAUUGACUAUGAUCCGGAGAGGAGCGGGGAGGGCUUGAUACGUGGCAUGCCGUCUCCAGAUGAGAUCGUGGUCAGUAUGCGCACGGAGUACAUAAAGGAGCACCUUGGGCACAAGGUCUCUUCGUGGAGCCAUGAGAAGGGCGACAAGAGGCCCUUCACCAGCGCCUUGUUCUUUGCAGCAUACCCUGAGUGGGUCACUGCUGACGGGAUCCUUGUCCUCGUCCCCUAUCACAUAGCGUGGGUCCUGUUUUCUUUCGACUAUGGCAUGACCAACAUGAGGGACAAGUCAAUGACUCUCUCACAAAGCCCCCUGACCAACGAGCGCGAGAUGGUGGAGGUGCUGGCAGAGGUCGAAGCAGCCAUCAAGAUGUGGCUGGCCGUGGCGAAGGAGCGCCUGUACGUCCCUGAGAUGGGGGCUUUCAAGUGGGGUGAAUCUGGGCUGUUUAUCAAUGAGAGUGGGUUCAAUGAGUAUCUGCCGGAGGAGUAUCAGGUGCGACCUGCGUCGCACGUGGGAGACAAGUGUCCGUUGAUGGAGUGA